UCAGUAUCAUCUCGUCUCAAAGAAGCUUGUCCUGGGAUCGUGGUGGUUAAGUGCAUUUGUCAUUCGGCACAUCUGUGUGCUAGUGAAGCAUGUAAAGUGCUUCCUCGGUCUUGUGAAGAUAUGGCUCGUGAAAUAUACAAUUUCUUGAAGAGCAGUGCUAAACGACAGAGUGAGCUGAAAGAGUUUCAAACAUUUCUUGACAUGGAACCUUUGAAAAUGCUUCAUCCCUCGCAGACCAGGUGGUUGUCUUUGGUGGCAGUUGUUCAACGCAUUUUGGAGCAGUGGGAUGCUUUGAAAUUGUAUUUUACAGACUGUUGGUUGUCACAGAGACUCUUAAGUGCAGAAAACAUCUUCAAUGCACUUCACGAUCCUUUUUUGAAACUGUAUUUCAUGUUCCUUUCAUGGGUUCUUCCGAAAUUCACAAAAUUCAACGAAUUUUUCCAGACGAAGAAUGUUGUUAUUACAGAACUACAUACCCAAUUAAGAGAUCUCUAUACUGACAUUCUCCUUAGUUUCAUGAAAAGGGACUAUGUCAUGAAAACACCACUCGAGGAAGUCGAUCCUGCCCUGGAGAAGUAUCAUCUUCCAGACACUGAGAUGUAUUUAGGAGUUAAAGUCCUGCAGCACAUUGAUAAACCAGAAAUCACUUCCAAGCCCGAUAUUCGCUGUCAUUUCUUUCACAGGUGUAGAACUUUCCUCACGGUUGCUGCGCAAGAAAUAAGAAAAAGAUAUAAUAUGAAUGAUCCGGUUCUGUCGAAACUUAGCUACCUGCAACCUAAAGCAGCUCUUUCACCAGUAUUCAGGGUUAACUGCCCUUCCCUUCUUCCACUAGUAAAAGUAGUCCCAAGAAUUGUUUCUUGUGAUGAUGAUGCAAUUUUACAGCGUCUUGAUGAUCAGUGGAGGGAGCUUCCAUUUUCAAGGGCAAGGCUUCCAGAAGAUAUUGAUGAUGUAAACAGUCCUGACAUUUUCUGGAAUAUGCUUCUGAAACCAAGCUGUGACACACAAGAAGCUCAUUUCAAAGAAUUGGCUACAUUUGCACUUCAUGUGCUUAGUCUCCCGCACUCUAAUGCAGACUGUGAAAGAGUCUUCAGUCAGGUAUGAAAAUAUAUGCAUCAUAAAUAACUAUUUUGUUACCUACUGUUCUUAUUUUAAAAUUUGAGUUUUUGUUAACUGCAAUAUUGUUAGAAAAAUAUAGCAUGUGUAUUUACUUUACAGGUAAAUCUAGUGAAAACCAAAGUACGAAAUCGCCUCCUUCCAAAAACAGUGAACGGAGCUUUGCUUGCUUCCGAGUGUGUGAAGGAAAGUGGUACCUGUGCAUUGUUUCGCCCUACAGCUGAAAUGUUAUCGCGCAUGACAUCAGCAAACUUGUAUGCAUCCAGUGCACCAGAAAACGAUAUUGUGGAUAUUCUCUUCGAAAAGGAUGACUGAGUUGUUAAGAAAAUUGUUUUUUUUUU